AACUAGUCAGGAGCUCAUUACCGAUAACCUUGUGUAGACCUCGUACAAUGAUAAGACGAAGAUAAGACAGCAAAUUGGUGUCUGUUUGUCGUUACAUACAUCGUCAUGUUUCUGAAUUUUCUGCUGCUCAUUUGUAUCUCCAGCUGUUUUGGACAUCAGAAUGAAAAACAAAUUGAGGACGAAAAUCUGCCCCGACAAUGGGAUGUCAUUGUCAGCUUUGUCACUCGUAAAAUUACCGGAAUGGAACGCCUCCUAAAGGAAAAGGAUGACCGUGUUGACCAGCUGGAAUCCGACCUACUGAUUUACAAGACACAAUUAGCCCAUGUAACACAAGAAAUGACAUCACUCAAAGGUGACAUGAUGCAGAAAGACACCGUAGUCGAUAAAUUAGUGAGGAGAAUAUCUGAUAUGGAGAACAUGGCGAUGGACUAUAUGUCGAUGGAACGAGGACCAGACCAUGUUAAGUCGAGCAUGAACACAAACACAUCGCUGACAGAUAAUUCAGAUCGACUGCAGUCUUUUAAUCGUGAUCAACUAAAAGGAGUCCACUCCACCAGUAAUACAACACAAGACAGUUCGGGUAGAAAUGGCCAAACAUCCCGACGGACUGUCGGAAUGACUGUCUACACACCAGACUUUAUUGAAACAUCACCUAACACUAACAGGAGGAACAUGGACAUCCAUGGUAAACAUGAGGAUUCGUCGACAGCAAAACGGCCGAGGCAAUAUCGUGUUGCACCUUCUCAAAGUAAUAAAACAACUGUGGCCUUCCACGCGACACUUUCGACUACAACCUACACAGCGGAUGCCACGGUAGUGUAUGGGCAAGAGACGUUAGACCAGGGAGAUGGAUACAACCCCGGGGACGGGAUCUAUAUCGUUCCGGAGUCGGGGACAUAUGUCUUCACUUGGACAACAAUUUGUGAAAGACAUGGUUACUUCCAAACUGUCCUGGCAGUAAACGGGGUGGUAAGAGGUUCGUCAUGGACGGAGGCCACCGACGUCAACGACUACCAUCAAACUACGGCUGUGGUCAUCCUGCUUCUAAACCAGGGAGAUCACGUCUUCAUCCGAAUGGGUCACCAUUAUGGUCAUGGAACAAUAGUUAAUGAUAAUACGUUAGGUUCGUCUACCUUCUCGGGCUGGAAACUAGAUUGAUAGUCCGUAAUACAAAUAGAAUUUUAAAAAAGAAAUGAA